AUGCAAAACUGUACGCCGGCUCAGGUUAUUGAAAGGGAUCUGCAGAUACAAGAGAGGGAAAAGCUCUUCGUGCAACUCAAGACGGCGCUCAACAAGCAACCUGGAGUUGAGGUUUUCGCUCAAAUGCAGACUCUACAAGCGGCGGUAAAAAGCCGCUAUAUUGACGGAAGACGGAUUGAAGCAGGCGAACAGCAGAAGGAGCAGCAGCUUCAGGAACAACCGGCAGACGAAGCCUCUCGAACUGAUACAUUCUUUUCCUCCAGCACUUUUGAGUACCUCACAGGGGGCGCCUCUAGCAUUCAGAGCUGA